AGAGGCCUCUGCUGGCCAGGACCAGUACCACAACUUGGUUGUAAAGCAUCAUGAGCGAACCGGAAAGUACCGGGAGUUUAGUUCGCUACUACUGCACCGCCGGUAACGGGAUGCAGCGGUUCUUGAUCGCGGAGGUGAAGAAGAAGCUGGCUGCUGAAGACGUGUGUCAGCUGGCAGGUAAAGUGUUGUUCAGCUCCUCAGUCGCCAUCAACCGAGUCAGUGAGCUGAAGGCUGCAGAGAGACUCUUCCUCCUGCUGAGAAGAGACUCACCUGUGCGUCUGUCUGCACACGCAGGCCCAGCUGGAGCUGCCUCUGUGCUUCAGUCCAAAGUGCUGGGUGACGUCGCCCAGUGGGCCGGUGCUGCAGGGACGUGGAGCCGCCUGCAGGGGGAGCUGUCGGCCAGGAGGGCGACCGGCCACGGGAAGGAGGAGGAGCAGGGGGGAGGCAGAGAAGAGGAGUCGAGCGGGGGAACCGGUGGAGGCGAAGCCCGGAGGCUGAAGAGAAAGAGGGAUGAAGACGAAGAAGAAGAGAAGCAGACAAACCCUGAGAGGAAGACGGACGACGCGAAAGAGGAUUACGGACCGCGACCCAGCCGGACCGAACCAGAGCCGCCUGCUCCGGCCCCGCCCACUUUUAGGGUCAGCUGCAAGUGCACCGGAUCUCUGACCCGAUACUUCAGCACACAGGAGGUGAGCAGAGUGAUCGGAGGAGGUCUGAGCAGAGUUCUGGGCUGGAAGGCCGAUCUGAAGAAUCCACAGCUGGAGGUGAAUGUGUCUCUGAGUGAUGACCACUUCCUGCUGGGGUUUCCUUUAACCAGGUUGCCUCUCGCUACCCGGAGCUACAUGAAGACCACGGGACUGAGGUCCACCGUCGCCUGGGCUUUAGCCUCCCUGGCUCAGAUACAGCCGGGCUCCCGGGUGCUGGACCCGAUGUGCGGAGUGGGGACCGUCCUGAUCGAAGCGGCACAGGAGCACGAGGCUGUGUGCUUCCUGGGCGUGGACAACGAUGACGGACAGCUGCAGCGGGCCAAUGAGAACGUAGCAUUGGCAGAGCUGCCACACAGGAUACAGCUGCUGAAAGCUUCUUCCAUGAUGCUGCCUCUGCCCAGCAGCAGUGUAGACGCUGUCGUCUGCGACCUCCCGUUUGGCAGGAAGUUUAGCACCAAAACCAACAUGGCUGCCAACCUGCCACUCAUCCUGGCGGAGAUGGAGAGAGUCCUCCGUGUCGGUGGAACCUUGGUUCUCCUUCUGACUCCUCAGCUAUCGUGUCUCCUAAAAAAACUCCUGCCGCAGAAAGACGCCGGACCGACAUGCAACCAGGAGGCGGAGCCUGCAACUGGGAAACAACGCCGCCCGACUCCUCCUGCGUCCUCCACACAGCAACAGACCGUCCCAAUCCCGGGGGGGGUCAAACCCCCACCCACCCAGGAAACGGCCUCAGGGCUUCAAUACGGUCCGCCCCCCCCUCGCUGCUCCAUGGAGCACCAGGAGACACUGAGGGUCAGCUUGGGGGCGAUAGAUGGACUCAUCCAUAAAUACGUCAAGACGGACUCUUGACGUAGACUAAUCCGUCUGAAACUCUUGUUUCAGACGGAUUAGUCGACUGUUGGUGUGAUUCAAUUCCAGCUUUUCCAGCCGGUACUUUCUCUGCUGGAGGUUUGUCACUGUAAAGAACCUACAUUGUGUGUCUCUGGUUGUUUUGCUUCUUUUCAGAGUCUCUCUUAGUUGUCUUCGUGUCUCUUUGGGGUCCUCUGGGUUGAAUAAUUCACCCAUUCAUCUUCCUAUUCCUUGAUACCACCCUAACUGCAUUUGAAAGAACCCGGACUGGUGGAUUAUUCCUAUUUAGUUAUUCUGUUCUUUGUGUUGUCAACCAAUUCCCCCAAAAGACCAGAAAACAAACAAACAGAUAACGAACAUGCAAAUAUGUAGGUUCACUUAUAGAGACUCUUGGUGCUGUAAUCCAGACAGUGUGUUUAUAAUAAGAAAUGUUUGUUUGAGAGAACGUCACCAGGCCAGUGAAUACCUUCACUCAUUAAAGAAGGAACAGUCACCAUGGCGACCGUCUCUUUUAGACCUGUUGCAGAGGCUCCUGGCACACGGAUGGCUCUUCUAUGCAUCAAAUCAUGCUUGUUUGGCUCUUUUUGUUGACCGUAGCUAUGGAACAUCCCUCCUCAUCCUGUCAGGGGACUUUUGCUCUGUAACACGGACCCCAUCACGAUGUUGCCCGUUUACCCCUCCGUUGCCCUGCUUAGCCCCGUUUUACACUGCGGACCAGACGAGGCAACGCAGGGCUCAGUGGUUUUAUUCCUUUCCCCGUUAAAUGUGAACUUCCUGUGUUUUUGCUGCCGUUGCAGAUUAGAAAACAACAACAGUCAGUGUGUUGAUCCAAUCCAGCUGAAGUUUAUCAGUAAGAUUCACAGAUAUGCGCAACGUAUCUAAUCUAUUUUAUUUUUUACGUCAAUCAAAAAUAAAUUGAAGUGAUUUUUAA